ACAAUUUAUCUAUUAAAAUUUCUAUUAGCGUCAUUGAUUAAAAAGAAUAUUUCUAAUUAAUUUCCAACGAAAACAUGAAUGCCAUUAAAAAACGGCUGCAAACGCUGAAGCUCGAGAAAGAUCUCGCGAUGGACAAAGCUGACCUGUGCGAUCAGCAGGCAAAGGAGGCAAAUCGAAGGGAAGAAAAAUUAAGGGAUGAGGUUCGUGAAUUGGCCAAAAAGUUGGUGCAAAUGGAGCAUGAUUUGGAAGUGAGUAAGGCCCAACUGAUAAAGUCAAACAGGAAUCUCGAGAUAAAGGAGAGAGUCUAUAUCGUGACGCAAUCGGAACUGGCGGUACUUAAUAGAAAAAUGCAGCAAUGCAUGCAGAAUUUAGAAAAGUCGGAGGAGCGACGUUUGUCGGCUCAAGUAAAGCUCGCGCAAGUCAUAGAAACUGCUGAAGACGCAAAGCGCAUCUGCAAAGUCCUAGAGAACAGGAGUAAACAGGAUGAAGAGAGGAUGGAUCAGUUGAUGGCGCAGCUGAAGGAAGCGAGACUCAUUGCUGAAGACGCUGACACGAAAUCGGAUGAGAUUUCGAGAAAAUUGGCAUUCGUUGAAGACGAGCUGGAAGCGGCGGAAGAAAGAGUUAAAUCGAGCGAGGCGAAAAUUCUCGAGAGGGAGGAUGAGUUAUUCAUCGUUGGCAAUAUAUUCAAGUCCUUGGAGGUGUCCGAAGAGAAAGCUAACCAAAGGGUGGAAGAGUUCAAAGCACAGUUAAAGGAAUUAAAAGUAAAAUUGAAAGCUGCUGAAAAGCGUGCCAUUAUCGCUGAGAAAACUGUCAAGAUAUUCACGAAAGAAAUGGACAAGAGGGAAGAUUAUCUACUAAAAGAAAAGGAAAAAUACAAAUAUAUCUGCGACGAUUUGGACUCCACGUUUUCGGAGCUUACGGGAUAUUAAAAUAGUCAAUAGAUUAUGAAUCGUUCGAUUAUAUCGGUCGUUAAUCAGGAGAUUCGUAUUGCACAAAAACAUAAAUAUAAAUUUUCACAUUUAUCAAAUAUCUUAUGAGGUUCGCCCAGAAAAUCGAUCCUAUGUUUAUUUUACACGAUAUCAAUUUAUUUAAUCGAUUCUACGAUCGACACAAUGCAUCGAAAUGUCGUACCACAGAUUUAAUACAGUUUAUUUAAAUUUAAUCGACAAUUCGUUUUAAUCAUACAAUCUCCGAUCGCAGAACGGAGAAAGAAUUUGCGAGCUUCUUCACUUUAUGGAGCUCUUACGAUGACUCUUUUUGCGCAAUCUCGCGCCACGAUUGGACCGUCCACGUCACAUUCGCGCCGCUAAGCGCUUUCUCUCCCUACAGUGACAUAAUUAAUCAUAGUUACAAUAACAAUUGUGCAUUUGAUUUGUUCGCUCGCCUCCGCCAUCCAUAUAGAUGCAACAAUUAAAGUAUAUUCUCCGAGCUACACGGAUUAUCGCAAAUGGUGACGGGGGAUGCACCGAGUUGUGUCACUACAUCAUCCUUCGAGGACCGUGUAAUUAUUCGCGAUGCAAUAUAAAAAUUCGACAAACCAAUCCAAAAAUACCUUACCGCGACGAGAUUUUAAAGUAACAAAUUUUAAUCGGAUAAAUGACGAGAUCGUAUUUUAUUUCAAAUUAGCUUCGUGAAAAAUUGUAUAGUAAAAAAUUCGUUGAUUAGAUUUGUUCGAGAUCGUUGAUUAAUCAUUAAAUACUUUUUAUUAGCUUCUCACAUAAUUAUGACAACGAAGAGAAUUAACUGGUCCCCCUGAAAGGUUAUACAAGAUAUAUUGACAGAACUCGGCCGGUCCAUGACGCAAGAAAAAUGUACAAAAAUCGUAUCGACGAAAAUGUCCCGGCAAUCACACCAAGAGCAAAACGGUGAAUCGUACUUCAUCCUCUUCGAAGAUUGCUCUAUCGAAUUUAAUCGAACACUACGAGUUUGAUUGACGUGCUUCCCUUAUAUACAUUAACGAACGCGACGUACAUGCUUGUAUGCGCGCGUCUUGAUGCCCGUGUACUCAAACAUAUUGUAUUCUACAUAUGCAUUAUCUACGGCCUCGUCUUCGUAGUGUCGCGCACAGCUUUUCUUAACUUAUUGACAUUAUCUCGCAAUAAAACCCAAAAU